AAUAAGAUCUUUAAGGACGAAAAGGCCCAAAAUGGGAUUGCUGAGUUCAAAACAUCCCACAGGCAAGCAAGCCCACAUUCUUCUUCUGGGACUCGACUCGGCUGGGAAAUCUACCCUGCUGUAUAGGUUAAAGCUUGCUGAGACUCUCACAACCAUCCCAACCAUCGGCUUCAAUGUGGAAAUGGUCCAGCUGGCCAGCGGUCCUCCACUCACCGUGUGGGAUGUUGGAGGACAGGAGAAGAUGCGCACGGUCUGGGACUGCUACUGUGAGAAUGCAGAUGGGCUGAUGUACGUGGUGGACUGUUCUGACGGCAAGCAGCGACUCGAGGACUCCCGCAAAGAGUUCAAGCACAUUUUGAAGAAUGAACACAUCAAAAAUGUGCCCGUUGUCAUACUAGCCAACAAGCAAGACUUGCCUGGUGCUCUGAGUGCCGAUGACAUCACCAGGAUAUUCAAGGUGAAGAAACUGUGCAGUGACCGGAACUGGUACGUGCAGCCCUGCUGUGCAGUCACUGGAGAAGGGCUGGAUGACGGCUUCAGGAAAUUAUCCGAGUUUCUGAAAAGCCACCUGAAGACAAGAGACACUUUAGCAUUCUUCAAGCAGAAAGGAGGCUCCGGAGCAGUCUCAGCCUCAGAAAGACAAUGAUGUAGUGGAAAUGGGAAUUCUGUCUUAUUUCCACGUAAUGUGAAAAAGUGAGUUACUGAGUUAGCAAACUUUUCCGGACAUUAAUUUCACCCCGUCCAGCUAAAGAAGGAACUUUAUAGCAAA